AUGAUUGAGUCUUCGUGCCAUUGCGCUCCCAAUUUAAAGCAAGCGAUUUCUUCCCUGCGUUCCUUCCGCCCCUGCUUCCCACUCGCCUUCUGGGCAAGUACAUGA